AUGAAGUUGACGCCUCUGGGGCGAAAAGUGAAAACAGAAACGCAUGCCUUUGCUUACCCAACAAACAAAUACCUAAACCUAUCCGGGGGCCCCCGUAGCAAUUCCGUCCGCAAUACUUCACGCGACCAGACCACACCGUCAUCAGUUCAGAUCAAACUUCAAACUUUCAAUGGAAAUAUUGAAGAAUGGUUAAGUUUUCGAGAUUUAUACAUGUCCCUUAUUCAUUGGAAAACUGAUUUACCGGAAGUGGAAAAGUUCCACUAUCUUAAGGGUUGUCUACAGGGUGAACCCAAGGCUCUGAUUGAUCCUAUCAAGAUUACCAAGACCAAUUACCAAAUCGCCUGGGAUUUGUUACUGAAAAGGUAUAAUAAUAGCAAGCUCUUACGGAAAAGACAAGUCCAAGGUCUGUUUCAGCUGCCUUCUUUGCCAAAGGAAUCCGUCAGUGAUCUGCAAGUUCUCUUAGAAGGAUUUGAGAGAAUUGUGCAGACUUUAGAUCAAAUCAUUCAGCCUGAAGAUUACAAGGAUCUUCUUCUGGUCCAUCUUCUCUCCUCGCGUCUCGAUCCUGCGACACGCAGAGGAUGGGAAGAAAGCUCCGCAGCUAAGGACCAAGAUGUUGUUCAAGAUUUGACGGAAUUCCUUCGCAGGCGAGUGCGUGUAUUGGAAUCUUUGCCAGCUAAGAUAGUGGAACCCAAGGCAGUUCAACCACAAUCAGUUUCAAGGUUUAGACAAUUUACUAAGGGUAGCUUCAGUUCGAUUCAAUCGUCUGGUAAAGCGUGUGUUGCUUGUCAGGAGGAUCAUCCGUUAUUUCGAUGCCAGGCUUUUCAGCGCAUGAAGAUUGAGGAUAGAGAAGGGUUGCUGCGAAGUCAUUCACUUUGCCGAAACUGCUUUAGCAAGAGCCAUAGGGCUAAAGAUUGCAAAUCAAGAUAUUCUUGUCGCCAUUGUAAGGGUCGCCAUCACAGUUUGGUUUGUUUUAACAUGGGUAAAGGAGAAUCCAGAGGUUCUAGAUAUCGGAAGGACAAUGCAGAAUCAAGGCCUCAUGAAUCGAUGGUUGUAUCAGAUCCGCAAGUGACAAACCUGGCAGCAACAGAUAUCCAGUCCUCCAACGCUGCCUCCCAACGCUCGUCGCAGGUUCUCUUGGCCACGGCUGUAGUCAUUUUGGAAGACGAUUAUGGUAAUCAAUACCCAGUAAGAGCUCUUCUAGAUUCUGGCUCGGAGAGCAAUCUUCUUACGGAGCGAAUGAGCCAACGAUUGAAAGCCACCAGAGAAAAGGUCGAAAUUUGCGUUAUUGGAAUAGGGCAGGCAGCAACCAAGGUCAAACAGAGGAUUCAUGCCACGGUUCGAUCACGAGUUUCACAGUUUUCACGAGUGAUGAGUUUUCUUGUUCUACCUAAUGUGACGGUUAACUUACCCACAACCACGAUUCGGACAUCAAGCUGGAGAUUUCCAGAUGGUAUCGAGCUGGCAGAUCCUUCGUUCUCCAUUUCUAGCGAGGUAGACAUCGUUCUAGGAAUUGAAGCGUUUUUCGAUUUCUUCCAUACUGGAGAAAGAAUUGAUUUGGGUGAUCAACUUCCUUCUCUGAACCAUUCGGUCUUUGGUUGGGUAGUCUGUGGAGGUUUACAAACUCCAAGGCAAGCCAUAGAAGUAAUCUCUAACACUUCUAUUACGGAGGAUUCUUUGGAAACUAUGAUGGCUCGAUUUUGGUCCUGUGAGGAGGUCGAGUCAGACAGUAUUCUUUCACCAGAGGAAGCUAAAUGCGAACAUUUAUUCUCCAAAACUGUAAAACGCGAGUCGGACGGAAGAUACACGGUUUCUCUGCCACGUAAUGAAAGUAUUAUUGACCAAUUAGGUGAGUCACAAGAGAUCGCUAGGCGACGGUUUCUGUCAACGGAGCGGAGACUUUCAAGGGACGAAAACCUUAGGAAGCAAUACCAAGAAUUCAUGGAAGAAUAUGUUCGUUUGGGCCAUAUGGAAAAGAUAGUUGAGUUGGAGAAUGAGUCAUGUCAGCAAUCAGUUAAACAGUCAGUUAAGCGUUGUUUUUUGCCACACCACCCAGUUGUUAAAGAGGCCAGUACCACAACCAAGGUCAGGGUCGUUUUUGACGCCUCUUGUAAAACUUCAACUGGAAUAUCGUUGAACGAUGGAUUAUUGAAUGGUCCUGUUAUUCAGGAUGACUUACGCUCGAUUAUUCUCCGCUGUCGAACCAAACAGGUCAUGGUUGUUGCUGACAUUGAAAAAAUGUUCAGGCAAAUCAGAAUUUCCGAAGCUGAUCGUCCUCUUCAAUCCAUUUUGUGGCGAUCAUCUCCCGAGGAGAAUAUAUCGAUCUUUGAACUGCGCACAGUCACCUACGGCACCAAACCUGCACCAUUUUUAGCCACUAGAACGCUGCAACAGUUAGCCACGGAUGGUAAAGGGGAUUUUCCUCUCGCAGCAAGGGCUGUUUUGUAUGACACGUAUAUGGAUGAUGUCAUCACUGGAUCGGAUACCGUAGAGGAAGCUAGUGAGCUGCAAGUUCAACUAGAUGCGUUGAUGAGUUCUGGUGGGUUUCGUUUGAGAAAAUACGCCUCAAACAGCCUUGAAGUAUUGAAGAACGUUACUGAAGAUAAUUUGGCAAUUAAAUGUUCGGAGGGUAUAAAUCUGGAUCCUGAUCCAUCGGUCAAGACAUUAGGUUUGACAUGGAUGCCCACGUCAGAUGUUUUCAGUUUUCAAUUCAGUAUUCCGGCCGUAGAAUCUAUUGAACCAUUAACAAAAAGGCGAAUACUGUCCGUUAUUGCCAUGCUUUUCGAUCCCCUGGGGCUUAUUGGAGCCGUUAUUGUGACUGCUAAGAUUUUCAUGCAGAAAAUUUGGAUGCUUAGAAACGAGAAGGAUCAACGACUGGAUUGGGAUGAUCCAGUUCCGUUGAGUUUUGAUGAAGCUUGGAGGAAAUUUCACCAGCAACUCGGUUUGCUAAAUGAGAUCCGAAUCAAUCGAUGCGUCGUUAUUUUCGACUCUGUUAUGCUUGAGAUCCACUGUUUUUCUGAUGCUUCAGAAAGGGCGUUCGGGGCUUGUGUAUACAUUCGUAGCCAAAAUUCUCAAGGCCAAUUGAAAACAACCCUACUAACCUCGAAGUCACGCGUAGCACCACUAAAAUCGCAAAGCAUUCCAAGAUUAGAGCUGUGUGGAGCUUUACUUGGGGCUCAGCUGGUAGCCAAUGUGAAAAAAUCACUCAAAAGCGAAGCCUCGACUUUCUUUUGGACCGAUUCUACAUGCGUUUUGCGUUGGCUCGCCUCGACGCCUUCAACCUGGACUACUUUUGUGGCCAAUAGAGUGAGCAAAAUUCAAUCAUUAACCGAAGGAUGUCAAUGGAACCAUGUUGCAGGAAAGCAGAACCCUGCGGACUUAAUCUCUCGUGGUAUUCUCCCCGAGGAGAUUCUUGGAAACGAGUUUUGGUGGAAUGGUCCAUGUUGGUUAUCGGAACGCAUGGAGAACUGGCCUAUGGCAUCGGUCAGCACGUUGGAAGAAGGAGGCGAAGAAGAAAGGAGGCACAAGAAUGUAGCUGCAGCUAACUCUGUUGUCAGAGAGUUCAAUAACUGGCAACGGUUUUGGCCACUGGGAGGGCGGAGCGUGGUUAGAAAUGUCAUUCACAAAUGUGUCACAUGCUUCAGAGCAAGGCCCAAACCAAUUCAGCAAUUCAUGGGAGAAUUGCCUGCGGAACGCGUAACGGAAUCACGACCUUUCACAAGAACCGGAGUGGAUUACUUCGGACCAGUACAAGUACGCUAUGCGCCACGAAAACCAGCUGCUAAGGCUUACGUAGCGGUAUUUAUUUGUUUUUCGACAAAAGCUGUGCACCUAGAACUGGUAACUGACCUCACAACAGAGCGUUUCCUACAGGCACUAAGACGGUUUCUCGGCAGGUGGGGCAAGGUUGCUGACAUCUAUUCCGACAACGGAACCAAUUUUGUCGGUGCUAGGAACUAUUUGCGAGACUUGAUAAAGUUACUCAGGUCUAAAGAUCAUCAUGACAAAAUAUCGAAGCAUUGCUCAAACGAUUCCAUUCAGUGGCACUUAAACCCUCCUCGAGCACCUCAUUUUGGUGGCCUAUGGGAAGCGGCUGUGAAAUCUGCUAAGUACCACAUAUUGAGGGUCAUUGGUGACCACCCAUUAUCCUUCGAAGACAUGCAAACAUUACUGGUACAGGUGGAAGCAUGUCUCAAUUCUAGGCCUAUCACUCAGCAGUCAGACGAUCCUAACGAUUUGGAGCCCCUUACACCGGCGCACUUCUGGUUGGGAUCCUCCUUGCAAGCUCUUCCCGAACACAAUUUAUUAAGUAUACCUGAAAACAGAAUUCAUAAGUCUCAGCUGAUACAACAAAAGGUACAACACAUUUGGAAUCGUUGGCGAAGGGAGUAUCUUUCACAGUUGCAGGCCAGAACCAAACGGUGGAGUAAAAAUGUAAACAUCCAGUUAGGAAGAUUGGUGAUAAUCUGCGAUGAUAAUGUCCCACCAAUACACUGGAAGAUGGGCCGCAUUUCCGAAGUACACCCAGUCGGCCACGAUGGGCAAUUGAGAGCGUCGGAGAACGAUAUCAACGACAAUGGUCUGGCGAGAGUGAAUGCGAUUGGCGGAGAACGAACGAGUUGCGCCGAUGAGUAA